AUGAAGUCUGGCUUUGAACAGUCUGAUUCCAAGUUCACCAUCCUGACUAGGAAGGUGAUCCGCAUAGAAAAAACAGUCCAGUCUAUGCAAGCAGCAUCAAGGCGUCCAAACACCGAACCUGUGGAACCUGACGCAGAUAAUGAGAAGAACGAGCCGUCUGUUGAAGAUGGUCGAGCCGAGGAGAAGGCUGCGAAGGAUGCUGCUGUUUCGGAGAAGGAUGCCACUCCCAGGAAGGAUGCUACAGUCUCGGAGAAGGAUGCCACUCCCAAGAAGGACGAGUCGUCAGGUGAAGAGGAGGAGGAGGAGGCUGACAUCGGCGAGAAGAUUGGCGAUAACUCCACCGAGAAGGCUGCCACUCCUAAGCAGAGAAAAGCUCCAGCUCGGAAACAACAAGUUUUAUCUCCAUGCGGUAGUGACAAUGGCGUAGACCCGGACCUGGUUUUCGUGAAGGAGUAUACACCAACAAAAGCUGAGGAAGUGGAAGAGGCACAGAGGAUGGCAUUAAAACAACAAGCAACAAUAGAUAUUGCACGUGCAAACGUACAGAGACAGCGACAGCUGGCCGCAUCACAAGUGUCUCCGUUUAUAGGAGAUAGCACAGUGAAGGGAAUCAUUCCUAACAAGCCACGGCUUGGAUAUGGAUAUGAUCCCAACGAGCCUGUGGAUAAGGACAGACUUGCACGGCUGAAGAAAGAUUUCAAAGGCAUUUUCGGCCCGACGAAGUUCAAACUCCACAUUCCACUAAUGUGGUGGCAUGAAUUGGUCACGCAGACGGAAUGGCUCGCGGAUACGCACAUGGACGCAGUAAUGAACAUGUUUCGUCAUCGCAUGAAGUUGCACCCCGAGUGGUUUAGGAGUGACCGACUGUGCUUCUGUGAUAGUACUCCUAGUAUGCUGUGGCAAAAAGACAAGUGGAAGAGGUUUUUGAGUACAAAGCCCGAUGGACAGGGACUAGGAAGGUGGGUCCCGGGAGGUGCGACCGAUCUCUUCGAAGGGAAAGCACCACGUUUCUGCCAAACCUUGAAGAAAUGGGAAGUAGAUAUUGAUGAGAUCUACAUGCCAUGGAACGUCAAAGACGCUCAUUGGGUGGCCUUGAUGGUUUCUAUACCGAAAAGGCAUAUUACUGUGUGGGACAGCAUUCCAGGAUGUCUAUCGGAGAGGUUGUUAGCCAAAGCUAUCGAGCCCGUUGCUGUCCUUAUGCCUUAUCUACAACGGCUCAUGGCUGACAUCGGCGAUAGGUAUAAGUAUCCACUCGACCGUUACACCCACGAGUAUAUUUCCGGAGGAGAUGUGCCUGCGCAAGACAAUUCGAGUGACUGUGGAGUCUACUGUCUAAAGUUCAUCGAGUAUCAUAGUCUUGGGAGGCUUUUUCCGAAGACGCUUUGUGGUAGGAACAUGAAAGCUAUAAGAGCAAAGCUUGCAGCGGACCUAUAUCACGAGAUCAACUGUCGCGGCCCUCCAGAGCGUAACUGGGAGGAUCUGGACAAUGACAUAUAA